AUGAGGCUAGCAGAGGACGAGGCCACUUCCAGUGUUGUGCUUUCGCUGCUUGGGCUAUGGGCACUCCUGGCUCCAGUUCAGUGUUCUCAAGGCCAUCCAUCAUGGCGCUACAUCUCCUCUGAGGUGGUCAUUCCCAGAAGGCACACACCCCGUGGCAAAGGUGUGCAGGAGUCAACGUGGCUUUCCUACAACAUGCACUUUGGGGGUCAGAGGCACAUCAUCCAUGUGAGGCGCAAGAAACUGUUUUUGCCGAGACAUAUGCCAGUGAUGUCCCAGGAUGAUCAGGCAGCUUUGCAGGUGGACUAUCCGUACAUCCGUAAGGACUGCUACUAUCUGGGGUUUCUUGAAGAGGUUCCUUACUCUAUGGUCACCAUUGAUACCUGCUCUGGUGGUCUCAAAGGUAUUAUGAAGUUGGAUGAUCUUGCCUAUGAAAUCAAGCCCCUGUUGGAUUCCCACUUGUUUGAACAUGUUGUUUCUGAGAUAGUAGCAGACACCAAUGUCAUAGGGCCAACCUAUAGACUAGGAUACAAACAACCCCCGUUGCCUAAAGAGUACACCAGUGGAAGCUUGAGGAUUUCUAGUAUUCUCUAUGCAUCCCACACAGCUUAUAUAAUUAUAAAAGACCAACCUCAUGAACUUGAAUUUUCACCAGAAGUGAACUCCGUGUGCACGUCUUCUUCUCUAAUCAAGAUUGGUUACCUAGAGCGGCAUUUUUUCAUAUUGGCUAUCAUCACUUCCUUACAAAUUGGGAGAAGUAUUGGAUUUAGCUUUGAUACAUCUCCUCGGUGUUACUGUCACAGAAGGGCUACCUGCAUCAUGAGUAGAUACCCUGUUAUGACAGAUGUGUUCAGCAACUGUUCUGUGGCAACCCUUCAAGAUUUAUACGGUGUAGGAAUGUUUUGUGUAUUUGCUCCACUUCUUAUGAGUCAUAAUUUAAGCAGAGUAUCAAUACGUUGUGGAAAUGGUAUAAAGGAGGGGAUGGAGCGAUGUGAUUGUGGUUCCUUAAAGCAGUGUUAUAGCAACGAGUGUUGUUUGACUAGCUGUCUUUUGAGCCCUGGGAGUGUUUGUAAUGACGAACCAUGCUGUACAAACUGCACCUACACCCCUAUGGGCUCACUCUGCAGAAACAUCCAAAACGUAUGUGACCUUCCAGAGUACUGCACCGGAGAAUCCUAUAGAUGUCCUGACAAUCUUUACAUGCAAGAUGGAACCCCAUGCACUGAAGACGGUUACUGCUAUCAAGGGAACUGCACUGACCGUUCCAUGCACUGUAAAGAAAUCUUUGGGGAAAAUGCUGUAAAUGCUGACAGUUUCUGCUAUAAUGUGAAUAUGAAAGGCAACCGAUUUGGACACUGCAGGAGAGUUUACCAUCUUCUGAAGCACGAGGCCUGCAGUAAAGAAGACAUUAUGUGUGGAAGACUACAGUGUACCAACGUCACUCGAAUCCCCCGCUUGCAGGAACAUGUUUCAUUUCAUCAGUCUGUCAUUUUAGGUUUGAAGUGUUUUGGAGUGGAUGAACACCGUGCCACAGACACAUCUGAUGUUGGACAUGUGAGACCUGGUACCCCCUGUGCUCCUGGAAAGUUCUGUACUAUUGGUAGCUAUUGCAAUGGCACUUUGUCCGAAUUGAAUUAUGACUGUUACCCUAAGAAGUGCAAUUUUAGAGGCGUCUGCAACAAUGAAAAACAAUGUCAUUGUAACCUAGGCUGGGAACCGCCACUGUGUUUAAAACCUGGUGCUGGUGGUAGUGAACACAGUGGAACUCCUCCCAGAAGAUUUAGGACAAUAGCACAUAAUGAGGAUUCCAUUAUGUAUUUGAGAUUGCUCUUUGCUCGUAUGUAUGCCUUUAUAGGUGCAUUCCUCUUUGGGGUUGCUACAAAUGUCAAAGUCAUCCAGAAAACUGCAGUCGUGGGAUGA